AUGUCGGUUGAUAAAUCAUGGAUGAUGCUCGGACUGUCUGAUCUUAAGUAUUUUGAAAGAGUCACAGAUUUCAUAGAAUAUGCUACUAGCCAUGUAAAAGACAGCGAUGGAAUAAUAUAUUGUUCAUGUCGAGAUUGUUUAAAUGGAGAUAGACUAGCACCAACAACAUUACACCAACAUCUUCUGUAUAGAGUUUUUAUGCCGGACUACACAGUAUGGCGAAAACAUGAGGAGAAUGAAGACACUGAUGAUAGUGACGAUACAGAUAGUCGGAAUCAUAGUGAGGAAAGUGCGGCUCCCCACUUUGAUCAGUGUGAUGAUAUGCAAGAACUUAUAGAAGAACUUAUCCAACAAGAUCCGAAUGAUAAUGUGCAGAAGUUUUACAAGUUGUUGGAUAAAUCAAAUGUGUCAUUGUAUCUCGGGUGCGAGAAAUAUUCCAACUUGUCCUUUGUUGUUAAUUUGAUGCACAUCAAGAGUGAUGGAAAUAUGAACAACAAAGGGUUUGUCCAGUUAUUGGAAUUGUUGGAAAAUUCAUUUCCCAUGCGUGAAAAAUUGCUGACAACAUAG